AUGUCAACAAGGACCACUACAAACGCCUCCGUCACUACUGAAGGUAUAGAGGGAAGCAAUAACAAAACCGGAGGUGGCUUGAUGUCUCAUAAUCAUUUUGGUGCACCACCACUACCCACAAGCAAUAGCCACUCACAGCCAACCACUUCCACCACCAAGGCUGCCGCAAACAUAUCCUCCUCUUCGUCUUCAUCAUCAUCAGCCACAGAAGAAGAUACUAAUUACCAGUCGAGACACAAUAGAACUCCACAGUCAAGUCUACAACGCAGUCAAUCACAACACUCACCUGGCUCACAUGACACAUCCACAUCCGCAUCCUCAUCAUUUGACCCCGGACCCUCACUAGUAGAUAUCUUUUAUUCAGCUAAAAAAUUGUUGAAUUUACAACCAAGAGUUGAGAAUAGACAGCUACGCAAAUCAAACAGUAAAACUCAACUAAGUCAUAUGAAGAAUAACGUUUAUAAUGAGCAACAUUACAACUUUAGUAUAUCGCCUGACUUUCGUCAGCAAUUGACAUCACAUCAAUCUGGUCAACAGCACACAUCACAGCCUCCCCACCAGCAACACCGUCAUCAUCAUCAUCGUCAUGUACAUCUACUGGGUACAAAUGAAGAUACAUUUGACUUGCUUUCCCCCUUGUCAAUAGAUGAAUUACAAAACACCAGUGCGUUAAAACCAAUAUUCAGCAGCCCUUCAAAACGCAAUGUUGAGAAAUCAAAUACUCCUAGUCUACCGCAACGGAAUGGGUCCAAUGGUGAGAAUUCAAUGGAUAUCGAUAUGGAACCACCAAACAGUACUGAAAGCAAGUCCCCCACUUCAGAUCAAAGCAGUUGUUCAAGAAAUAAUUCUAGUGCGUGCGGUACUUCGGCUACAUCGAGCGUAGCAUCUGAUGUCGAGGCCACCGCAACAAAGCCAAAAUCGAACUUGACAUCUUCACUAUCGAAGUUGAAGGAAUUAAAACAGGAAAAAAAGACCGGUUCAACCGAGGAAAAGGAGGAGGAAAAGGAGCCCACGAAGAAGGAAACUGAAGCACAAGCAAUAAAGACCUCUUGUUUCAACUGUAAAACUGAAAAGACUCCCUUGUGGCGAAAAGAUACUGACGGUAACACCUUGUGUAAUGCUUGUGGUUUAUUUUUGAAAUUACAUGGUACAACACGUCCUUUAUCGUUAAAGACCGAUGUCAUAAAAAAGAGAAAUUCAAGGAAAUCGUCAAGUAGUGCAAUGUCCAGUUCUGCACCACGAACAUUGAAUAUCGCAUCAGCUCAACAUUUAAAUUCGAGAAAUGGUGAUGGUGCAACAAUAUUUAAGAGGCAUACUCCAAUUGCCAUUGCUCCAAAUACCAAUGGAUUUGCUUCAUCUCUACCUAAUCAAUUUUCCAAUUCUUUUGGUGGAGGAAGUAACUCACUACAAAACUCAAGAUUGAAAAAUGUAAUGAUUUUACCCAAGACUUCAAGUUCAACCAGUUUGAGCAACAAGAGUAUACCUAUCCCGCAGAGCCGCAAUAAUGAUGUUAGUUCACCGACGUCGGCUGCGUCAUCAGCAAACUCAUCAUAUUCAUACACAAUUAACAAUAAUCAGCCAUUCAAGAGGAAAAAAUCAGAGGUUAAUAUACCUGCCACUAUUGAACAAGCUGGAGUCAUGAGUGCAUCAUCAUUCAAUAAUAGGAAUAACGCGGCUGGGUUCCCCUCGAGUGCAUCUUUAAAUCAUCAACUGCAGCAACUGCAACAACCAGCGUCUGCUAUGUCAAUGUCGAAUAUCCCAUCGUCGAUCAAACGCACAAAUUCACUUGUUUCGUCAUCUUCAUUGAGUAGAAGAACAUCGUUGGUGAAUAUUUCAAGGAAAAACACGGUAUCGGUGUCUACACCAACAAAUUCAUUGACUUCGAAUAAUAUUAAUAUGCUCAAUCAAAGGUUCCCACAAUCAAAUUAUUUCGAUACUCCUCAAGAAUUUCAACAACGACCACAAAUUUCAAGGCACAAUAGUAAUACUACUUUGAUGCAUACGCAUAGUCAAGGUCAUAGUUUUGGUGGUAAUGUUCAUGAAAAUGGUGGUGUUGAGACACCCAAUUCUUUAAAUUCACCAAAUUCAUUUCUUGUUGGUAGCUUUAAUCAACAUGAGACACCAAAUUCCAUACCUGCUACGCCAAUGAAUGUUGUGGGUAUGCUUCCGUCUUCGAUACCUAAUGCUUCGACUACCUCAAUGUUGUCUGCGCAAAUGAAGCAACUGCAGUCGAAGCAACUGCUGCAGAAGCAACAACAGAAGCUGCAACUGCUGCAACACUAUCUGCAGAAGCAACAACUACAGCAACUGCAACCAUUGCAAUUUCAGCAACAUCAUCAAAAACACAACCACCAUUAUCAACACCACCACCAGCCAUAUGGUCAGGACGUACAUUCAAAGCAAUUGAAAUUGUUGGAACAAUAUAGAGCCAGUAAACCUCCCAUUGUCCAACAUGAAGGAAUUGACGAUGAAUUGAUGAUGUUGGGUGACGGCAACCACAACAACAACAGCACUGACAAUGAUUUCAUUCCCUCCGUACCAGAAGUCGACCCCGACAUGAUUGAUGCAACCAUGAGUAUGAUUGAUGAAGAGUUUUUCCGCAACUACACGAGCCUACACAAUGAUGAUGAUGGGGGUGAUGAAGAACCAGAUGGAUUCGCAGUUCCCGGUUUGGCAUCUCAAGAUAGUUCUCAACUACCAUCGCAAUUGUCAUCACAAUUACCAUCAACGCAAAUUUCUCCUCUGAAGAUUAGUAUUGCCGCUCCGAAGCUGACGCAGUUUACAAGUACGAAUGAUGCGUUUGCUAUGCAAAUGCACACUACCAGUACCACUACUACUACUAAUGGUUUUGGUAGUAAAGGGAAUGGAGCUGGCAUGGCGACUACACCCGAUUACAAGGAUUUAGAUUGGUUAAAGUUUGAAAUGUGA